UUUGCUGGGGAUGUAAGCAUGCUUCGUCAGUCGAUGUCUCAGCCUGCUUCAAUUGGCCUAACUCAAGCAGCUGCUGAAUGCGUUGAUGAGUGGUAUUACGCCUGGUACAAACUGGGAUAUUUUACACCCGAACUACGUGUACGAAAUGGACAGAAUGCGGAACGGGGCUUCGUGCCACUUGGUGAUUUGAUUGCUGUGAACGGCGAGGAGAUGCCGUUCAGGCUGACCCCCAAUGCUGCUGACAAAUCACCGGUAAUGCAACUUCCCAUGCAACAAUCUCAGGAUAUGAGGUAA